CAAAAGGAGACAACUCACAAAUGUGGGAAUUCUGGAGAUUUUUUAAAAUUCUGACAAUGAGUCUGAAAGUCAGGAAUCAGAUUCUGACAGUGAGGAGCUGCCCCCCAACCUUGUAGCCAUUGAGAAACCUGAAUCUGAAUUUCCCUUGUCCACUGACGAAGUACCAGGUCCCUUUGAAGAUGCUGGUGGUGAUGGAGGCAGACCGACAGUGGAUGAAGUACAGGAGUUCUGUGGUAGCUGGAAGGUCACCAGUCAUUUCACCCCUCCUGGCCCUGCUGUUUGCUUUGACGAGUCCCAGUCUGGAGUGCAACGCCCCUUGCCAUUUCCAACUGAGGCAGAGUGCUUCAAGUUGUUUCUGACAGAGGAGCUGGUGGGAAACAUAGUAGAGGAGACCAAUCGCUAUUCCUUGGAGCUACAGGAGAUGAGAGAGCCAGGAGUGAGGGGGAAACUCGCUAAAUGGGUGACAACCACAAUUAGCGAAAUGUAUACCUUCCUGGUGACAGUCCUCCUCAUGGGGAUAGUAAAGAAGAACUCUAAGAGAAUACUGGAGCACAGAUCCUAUGUUUGCAACUCCCUUCUUUGCCACCCUCUUUUCCCAAGACCGCUUCCUAGUUCUGCUGCGAUGCCUGCAUUUCGUCAACAAUGCUACUAAGUCACACGUUAUACAAAAUAAGAAAUGUUCUCAUCAGCCUGACAUCAGCGUUUGGUCGGGUCUUUGUGCCAUACAAGGACCUAUGCAUUGAUGAGUCCCUGAUGUUAUGGAAAGGUAGGCUGGCGUUCUGUCAAUAUAUUUCCUCCAAAAGGCACAGGUUUGGAGUCAAGUUCCUUGUCAUGUGCGACGUGAAGACAGGAUUUGUCCAGGAUAUUAUAGUUUACACAGGGUCCACCACUGACAUCAAACAUUAUGAGGAGCUUGGGGUGUCCGGGUCCGUGGUGAUGACCAUGCUGGCUCCUUAUCUCGGCAAGGGACACACUUUGUAUGUGGACAAUUGGUAUAGCAGUCCCACACUCUUCCAGCAUCUGAUCUCCAACAGCACAGGGGCCUGUGGCACAGUCGUGUCGAACAGGAAGGGGAUGCUGGCAUUCGGAUGCAGGAAGAUGCAGAGAGGGGAGGUGGAGUUCCAGGAGAACGGUCAACAGCUGGCAGUAAAGUGGCAUGACAAACGAGACGUCCAUGUCCUCUCCACUGUCCAUACAGCAACCAUGUCGGCCACAGGGAAGGUGGACCACCUGACGGGAGAGAGAAAGAUCAAACCAGAUUGUGUGCUUGAUUAUAACCUCAAAAUGGGGGCCAUGGAUAAGGCGGACAUGAUAAACAGCUUUGUGGAAUGCACUAGGAAAACGACCAAGUGGUAUAAGAAGAUAUUUUUCCAUCUGAUCGACACUGCUGCCCUCAAUGGUCACAUAAUUCACCGCCAACUAACAGGUGAGAUGAUUACUGAACAAGGUAUUUUUGUAACUGGAUGUACAGUUCACAUACGCAUUAUGCAAUUAUAGUGACAAUAUCUCACCCACCUACCCACUGCCUCAUCAUCCUCUAACUUUCCUCAUUCUCCCCACUCCCUCAUAGGUAAAGUAAUUACCUACCAAAAAUACAGCGAUAACCUCAUGAGAGCUGCUGGAGGAGCACCACACUCCUCGGCGCCCAACCACUGGGGGUCGUCCUGCUGUAGACAAUCCCCUACGCCUCACUGCACGGCAUUUUCCCUGCAAAGUCCCUCAAACUGCUGCUCAUGGUAGUUGCACACGGAGGCACUGCAAAGUCUGCCUGUCUGGCGCCAGGAGACGUAAGCAGAGGAAGAUGACAAAGAUGGCAGUGUUUAGCUUGUGAUACACCUCUAUGUAUUUCACCAUGCUUUGAGGAGUAUCACAUGCUCAAGCAUUAUUGAGCAUAUCUGCAGCAAAAAGUGACUGACUGACCUAACAGGUGACCUGCCAUGAUACUAUGCCUUUAGAGAUGGGGGUGGAAAUGCAGUUGUUGUUCAGUCACUGCAUGGAUAUUAAAUAUGGGUUAUGCAUAUUCCGUUUUUUGUCCUCUAGUAAAACAAGUUGUUGAACCAACUACCAAUAUUGCAAUAAAAUAGAUGACUAUUACAUAUUGGCAUAUGUGUUUUCUUGAUGUGUUUUCAUCCAGUACAACUGUUAAGUUGUACGUUAGCAUACGUUAGCAUACAAAAGCUGUCAUUCUGUACGUUAGCAUACAAAAGCUGUCAUUCUUCAGCUCCAAAGAUGUCCAGCUCUAGUUAUGAUAUUGGCAAAUAAUGUUUGUGGUUUCUGAAAGUACAGAAUAAAGAAUAAUUAUUAAUUAGAAUACAAUAUAAGGAUAUCGCAAUACAACAAUACUACAAAGAAGUAACAUGCUAUAAAAAAAAUAGUUUAUUGCAUUGACAAAAAUCACAGAUUUGAGUUAUAACAGUAAGAGGGGCAAGGCAGGGCAGAACAGAGCUAUGUUGAAUAGACCAAAUAAACAAACCAUGGUCAUAUUUUUAUCUAGGCAAAUCAUUUAAGAACAAACUAUUAUUUACAAUGAUGGCCUACACCGGCCAAACUCGGACAACGCAGCCAGGAUUUGAACCAGGGUGUCUGUAGUGACUGAGAUGCAGUGCCAUAGACCGCUGCGCCACUUGGGAGUCAUAAGUACAGGGUAGCUUCAAAAUACAACACAAUAGUUCUCUGACGCAACUAGCAUUGUUUUACAGAGCAAAUAGAAUAAUGUAGCUACGUAAGCACGAUUGACUAUAAUAUAUAAAGGCUAUAAAAUGUGUAACGUUACCUCACGUGUCCGCGGUUAUAAGACAUAUAUUAUGAUCCAUACAUACAGUGAGCUACAGCAGAAACGGCAUACGGAAACUAUUAUAACGUAACAAGGCACUUACUUUGAUAGAAACGCUGCCUAAAUUUGAACCAGGGAGUCUGUAGUGACGCCUCUAGCACUGAUGCGCGGUGCCUUUGACCGCUGCACCACUUGGGAGUCAUAAGGCCACACAGCUUCAAAAUACAACACAAGAUAAUACUUC